ACUUUUGUAACUUGUUGAUUAACUAGUUAGACUUUCUAGUCUCUGGUAGUUGGUACAUUACAUUGUACAAUAACAUUAAAGAAAAAUCCCGACGUGUUCAAUAUUGAAUAUUCUAUAAUUCUAAUUGAAAAUGUUUAAGUAUUUUAUAUAAUAAUUUAUAUAUGAAGCAACAUGAAAAAGAUAUUGUUUAAUAUAUGUUUUAUGGGACUUCUCUUUAUCGGACUUGUUAAUGGUUUAAACAAGAGGUGUAUGAGAUGUAGAUCAAGAGGAGAACUUGGGUCAUGUGGAGACCCAUUUCCAACAAAUGUUACAGAAACAGAGACUCAGAUAGGGAUACACAUUGUUGCAUGCCCUUCUGGAUGGUGUGGAAAAAUGAUUGAGGGUACCACAGGGGCAUUUAGGACAGAUGAUUAUGGUGCGGCAACACAAAGAAUGUGUCUUCAGAGAUCUCCAAGCGAUGAUGAGGAAAGAUGUGCUUACACUAUGUGGAACCAUAGAAAAGUGUACAUGUGUUUCUGUAAUGGGGACCUUUGUAACGCUGCAGACAAAGCUACUUCAUUCCAUUCUAUGCUCCUCAUAAGUAUUCUAGUUCUUAUUUACAAUGUUACAGCUGCUAUGUAGUCUUUCUCCCUUUAGAUUGAAUAGAAUUGUUGUAAUGGCUCAAAAUAUGAAUACUCUGUGAUAUUUUAUAUGUACUUAAUAUCAUUACUGAAUUUAUAUGUUGAUACUCAAUUUAAUUGUAUACCUUUACACUAUUUGGUAGUUGCGAAUGGCUUUUAACAAGUGGUUUUUGUGUCAUCUUUAAAACAGAUUUUCCUCUUUAAUUGUUUACAACUAAACUCAAGAAUGGUCAAACAAAUAGUGGUCUAAACUUCUUUUUUAAAACAGGUAAUCAUUCUAUUCAAUUAUUGCUACUUGCAUGAUCCUUAGAUCUCAAAUCUUGUAAAGACGGCAAGGGUACAAUUAAGUCUUAAGACUUAGUGAUAAGUAGGGCUACCAUAUGCCAAAAAUAUUAAUCUUGACAUACAAAAGUCACAGUCCCUACCAUAUGGGGUAUAUGAUACCCUAAGAGUAUGUAUAUGGAGUAUACUAUUUGGUAUAGUAUUAUGACAUAACUAUACCAUAUAGUAGUCACCUGGACAAGAUCUCUUAAAAGGGAUAAGGGUGCUUUCCUGAUUAUUUCAGUUAUUGUAAUGCAAAAAGUUUUACGGAAAUAUUUGUAUUGUCAUAAAACCAGCUUAAUGUUCAAUUUAAGUUCCUGUGUAACUCUUUGAACCCAAGAAUCUCUCAAGACCAUUUAGAUUAUGUUAGAAAACACAUUUAGAAGAAACAAUACACUGAUAGCUUAUUGUAACUUUCAUAAUCUUAAUUAUAUUUUUAUCUUCUAAUAUUUUAAUAAAACAACUUAGGUCAUGUCAUUAACUACUCGUUAAAUAGCUAUUUGUGAGAUCUGAUAUACUCCGUCCAUUUCUUGUGAUAGUUUUAAAAUAUUUUCUUAAGCAUUUUUUACUGUUAUAGAUAAAAAUAUGUAAAUAGAUUAGGAGCAAUUUGAUGUGUUCAAGUGUAUUUAUAAUAAAAGAUUUUUAGUA